UUAUAUGAUGUUGAUUGAUGGCACAAAUGAAGUUUUUAUGAUUGAUAGAGACAAUUCGGUGUUUCAUGUUUCAAAUCUGGAAUUUCCAUAUCGUAAAGAUCUCCAUAUGCAUUUGUCAAAUACUCUCUUGGAUGGGGAAAUGAUUAUUGACAAAGUAAACGGACAGGCUGUUCCUAGAUAUUUGAUAUAUGACAUAAUCAAAUUCAAUGCACAGCCAGUUGGAGAUUGUGAUUUUAAUAUACGUCUGCAAUGUAUAGAACGGGAAAUUAUAAAUCCUCGACAUGAAAAAAUGAAGACUGGGCUCAUUGACAAAACACAGGAACCAUUUAGUGUCAGAAAUAAGCCAUUUUUUGAUAUCUAUGCUUCAAGAAAGCUGCUUGAAGGAAAUUUUGCCAAAGAAGUCAGCCAUGAAAUGGAUGGACUUAUUUUUCAGCCUAUCGGAAAAUAUAAACCUGGUCGAUGUGAUGAUAUUUUGAAAUGGAAGCCUCCUAGUCUGAAUUCUGUGGACUUUCGCCUAAAGAUAACAAGGAUGGGAGGAGAAGGGUUGCUUCCUCAGAAUGUUGGCCUUCUGUAUGUUGGAGGUUAUGAAAGACCGUUUGCACAAAUCAAGGUGACAAAAGAGCUAAAACAGUAUGACAACAAAAUUAUAGAAUGCAAAUUUGAGAACAACAGCUGGGUCUUCAUGAGACAGAGAACAGACAAAAGUUUUCCUAAUGCCUACAACACUGCCAUGGCUGUGUGCAACAGCAUCUCAAACCCUGUCACCAAGGAGAUGCUGUUUGAGUUCAUCGACAGAUGUGCUUUGGCUUCUCAAGGACAGAAGCGAAAGCAUCAUCUGGACCCUGACAUGGAGCUCAUGCCACCACCACCUCCCAAAAGACUGCACCCUUCAACCUAAGACCUGCUUCUGGCUUCAGGGUUAAGAGGAAAGAUGAGUGAGAAAAAAUGCUGUUGCCCCAUUUUUGCAGCCAGAGAAAUUAAAAAAUGAGUAUGGCUUGAUGUUGUUACAUAUUUGAAUUUUAUUAAAAAAAGAAAGGUAUUGUAGCCAGCCUGUAAAUAUUUGAUGCGUUUGUUUCUUGAGUGCUACAAUACAUCAUGGACUUAAACAUUUUAUUUAUAUUUGAUAAACAGCCUUACCUUAUGGAAUCUGAAGAUUGAAAUAUCCAAAGGUUUAAACAAGAUUGAAAUCAAUGAAAAAGAGGCCUUGUUUAUAUAUGGGUAACUUUCACAUUUAAUUUAUAAAGUUAGCAGUCUGCAACUGUGAGCCCAUAAGACAAACUGUAUCUUUUAGAAGUUGUAUUUCAACUGUGGCAAAUUUUCCUUUUAAAAAUAUUAGGCAAUUGCAUUAAACAUUCUUGCUAUAAUUUAUCAUGGAUUCCCUACAUUUCUGAGAUUCCUGUUUUCAAGGACAAAUGACAGAGUUGUUAAGUAUUGUACUAUAUUAAACAACUCCGUUUGGUUUAUAUCAUUUUAAUAAGUUUUUUUGGAAAUGUUAAAGUAAAAAAGUAAAGCUUCAUUUUUGUGAAUUUCAUUGUUUCUAAAGGAAGUAUUUUGAGUAUUUUCAUCUGUUUCUAUUGUCUGAACUAUGAUAUCAGACAUCCAGUGUGUCCAUUCUUCCAGUGAGUUAUUUCAUGGAACUUGUCCAUUUUGAGUUAUUUCAUGGAACUUGGAUAUUCACCACCAGGCCUUUUAUGUGUUGUUCUCCUGGGGGACUUUUCUUUUUUUUAAAUGCCAGGGCUACUUCUGCUUUACCUCAGUGGUAUCAGCACAUUGUCAAUUUCAUUAAAACACACAACUCACUGUGAUCUAUGGGAGAGAUAUCAAAUACAAACAAUACUGUGUUGUUCCCUCCAACAAAAUGGCAAAGGAGAUGCCACCUGACUCCUUUGAUUAGAAGGGAAUGUCAGUGGAAUAGAAUGCUGUCACCAGAAAAUGUUCUCCCACUGCUAGAUAAAUGCAGAGGCAAAGCAAAGACAUUUGUAAGAACUAAACAUCAAGGAAAUCAAAACUUUUAUUUUCAAGGUCAGAAUUCUAUCUGUAUUCUAUUCUGGGGAUGUUAUUUCUGUUAUACAUCCAAAUUUUAAAAUGUUUACUGAUAGAUAAUAGAUUUAAAGGGCAGCUAAUUGGUCAUCUGCCAUUGUUGAGAAACUAUGUUCCAAUUGGUUUGUGAAGGAACUCUGAGAAUUAGCUGAUUAAAGGCUAAUCUAUUUAUUUUUAGAGGUACAGGUUUUAAGUAUGUGUAUGUAAAACAAAUUUUCAUGAUCUCAAUUUUGUAUAUGUAAGUAUAUGCAAUAGUGUAUAUUCUUCUACCGAUGCAAUCAGACAUGAAAAUCCAAAUGAGUUACCUAGUAGACUGAGUAUUUGACAGGAUUUCUAUAUGACAUAGCACAGAUUAACCAAAAAUGUAUUUAUAUUCACCUGAGUUUUAAUGUUUUUAGACAAAGUUUUUUCCUGCUUUGCUUUUCUAUAGGAAAUACUAGAGUCAUGCUUGGGCUUUUUCCUUUAUUGUUCCCAAGUUAUGAAAUAUAAAGUGAAUUUAUCCGAGAUGCCAUGUUAAUAUUUUUUUCUAGAGUGCUUUUGUGCAUUUGGGCGCUAAAGGGAUUAAAACACCUAACUGCCACAAUGAUUGUUGAAAGAGGGAAAUUUCUCAAGGUUCCAUAGUGUCUUUUACAAAGAGGAUCUAAAUAAAAAUGCCUGUGCAAUUCCAAAUAGUCUGAUGCCUGCUUCCCCAGGAUUAGUGACUUCACACAGUAUGUUGCUUUCUUCCAAGCCUGUGUAAAGGCAGAGCCCUUUUGCAGAUAUAACAACAAGCUUUUCCCAAUGAUCUUUAAUGGAGUUAAAAUGUUUAUGUUAAUUGUAACCUUUUAAAGGAGUUAUGCGAAAAAAGCAUCUCAUUUUUAAUACACCCAGAUAUUUUCUCCUUGUCUUUGUGCAUUUUAGCAAAAAUUAAUUUUCUUAAUUUAUCCUUUCCUUUCAAUUACAGCGAAGUCUAAUAGUUGGCCUUAUAAGUAGAUCCUAUUUAGCUCUUGAACACACUAGCAUCUACAGUAUCAUAAAAAGUCAUUUAGAAGGUCAGAGGGGAAAUCUAGAGUCAGGGCUUGGGACAUCAUGAAGGAAAUGCUUCCCUUCUCAGCUCACUUCACAAUAACUAUUUUCUGAGACUGAAGUUUUUUAGAUAGGAAUAAGAAAACUUCACUUUCUUGAGUUAUCAAUUGUAAGAGCUUUUGCUUUUUGUUUGGAAAAGGUGGGGAAGACUCUACUGCCUGGAUGGUUACAUUUGCUUUCUGUGAAAUGCUCAGAAAAUGUCAGGACAUUCCUUCUCUGAUUGUGUGUCAGUGCAUAUUAUAAUAAAACUACUGAUUUAAAAUAACA